AUGUUGACUGGACGGAACAAUAAUGGAGAUCAACCGUUACAAUUAGCAGGCAGUUAUUCUUCAAGAAUACGCAAAUGUAUUCAACUUUUUAUCGACAUUCAUUGUAAAAAGGAUAAAGAAGACUCUGACGAUGAAGGAGAGAAUGAAGAAGAAAAGUUGCCGAAUAAUAAUGAUGAAAGAACCAAGCCUCCAAUUCUUCUCUCUCUUGAUGGGGGUGGAAUUAAAGGACUUGUGCUAAUAAGGGUGCUUCUGAUUAUCGAGAGAAAUUUGGGCAAGGAUUUAUGGCCCCUAAUCGACUGGGUUGCUGGAACCAGUACUGGGGCAAUUCUCGCUUGCGCACUUGCUAAAGGUCAUUCCUACUUUCUAACCUUAAUUAAAAAUUUUUUAGGAAAAUCAUUAACGGAUUGUCAAAAGCUUUAUUUACAAUUAAAGAAUAUUGUCUUUAGAGGAUCUCGACCAUACAAUCCUGUAGUGUUGGAACGAAUAUUAAUUCAGACAUUGUCUACAGAUUUUAUUUCUUCUAUUGAAAAGCCGAAAUUAUUACUAACUUCUGCUAAAAUGAAUAUUGCACCUCCUUCAUUGGUUCUCUUUCGCAGUUAUCAACUCCCAGAGGAACUUACAAAAGGGGAGGACAAGAUGGAAGAGAUGGGAUAUGUUGACAGAAAUGUGACUACUAUAUGGAAAGCAGCUCGUUGUUCAAGCGCCGCUCCAACAUAUUUUCCACCGUUUGAUGACAUUUACGUCGAUGGAGGUGUUAUCUGCAACAAUCCAACAAUGGAAUUGCUCACAGAAUUUGUAAAACUCCGUCCUUAUUUUAAAUUGCCUAAUCCACAUUGUGUUAUAUCAAUUGGCACGGGAACUCCUCCCUCGAAGAGUUUAACAAUUCAUAGAUCUUUUAUUUGGAGACUUCUUCAGCGAGUUUCGAGGAAUACCGAAUUUAUGCGGAAUAUGGCACAAGGGCUUGUGGAGCAAAUUACCGAGUCAAACCGUCGACCUGUUAUGCAUUGUAGUGCUUUCUGUGCUGCUUUAGGCGUCCCCUUCUUUCGUUUCUCUCCGCGUUUGAGUGAUGAUGUGCGUAUAAACGAAGUCGAUGAUGCCUGUAUUCUUAAAAUGCUUUGGGAUGUUGAAGUUGCAAUGUAUGCAGCAAGGAAAGAUGUAGAUAAACUAGUUAAAAUUCUGAAAAGUCGAAUUUAA